UGGUCGAACCACACCGUUGUGGUUUAUCCUGUCCCACUUUUUCGGCCGCUGCACUGCAGGCGUACUUAGAGGUUUUAAAUAGUCAGACACCUUUAACUCUGAGCUACGGGAAUUUAGGAAAUCAAAGACGACGUAAUUCGCGGACAGCUACUUCUCCUUCGGGAAUAAACAACGUGCUAGCUGACGCCAGAACGAAGCUCUUCAGCUCAUGGAGGGACGGAAGUACCCAGGGUUUUCUGUUUUACACUAAGCCCACACAGAAAAGGCAACCAAACAAUUUUUGGUUUAUUGGGCCAGAUGCAGAAAACUUCAGGGACAGCACUGGUUGGGAUGAUGGAAAUGGUGGAGGCUUAAGGAGUAUCAUCGAGAAACUAUUUUGUGGCUGGAAAGCAAGAUCCCCCGAUGCACUUCAUGUGCCAAAAACAAAAGUAGUUCCUAAUCAAGAACCUACAUUGGACAUCACAGGAGAAACAGUUGAUAUUCUCGACCACAUUUCAAUCACCAAUGCAGCAAGCAUUGCUGUUGAACGAGCAGAAUCCGUAGCUGCCAAAAACUUAUUGUCAAAGCAAAAACAGCCAGGAUGGAGCACUAUGUCUGCAACUGAAAGGGUUGCUGCAGUAAGUAAAAGGUAUCUUAAGAAGAAAACCCGUCUUGCUCAAAUGGAUACUUCCAUUAGGGAACAUCAUUCCCCAGACCCGGGUCUUUCACAUUUCCAAGAUUUGCCCUCAACAUCUGGAAGUUUUAGUGUCUAUCCCUCCCCCUCAAAGUCUUUCACGCCAGAUGCCAUUUCACCUCAACUAACCCGAUCUUCAUCAUCUGUAAAUUAUGCUCGAACUACUAGCAAAUCACCUUUUAAAGUGACCCAGUUGGCAGGUGUUGGAGAGAACCAACUUGAAGAUAUGGGAGCGACUAAACGAAGGCUAUUUAUGCCUUGCCAAAGCGAUCGACCAUCUGUUCUUACUUACUCCGAUCAUCGAAUCGAGCGCAGCUCUAUUCGUGUCCAGCUCAGCCCAAAGUCUAAGGAAACGGCGACUGGGUCUUCAGUUUUGCCAGCUUCGUCAGCCGCUCUAGUUAUAUCGCGUCAAAGUUCUUUUUCUUCCAAACUUUCAAAGACAAGUUCGCGUUUAGUGCCUUUGAAAGGUGUCGCCAAAAUGACGCCCAUGAAUACCGCAGAGUCUAGUCAACGGCUUUUUUCUCCCUCAAAGAUCAACGAUGAUUGUAAUAGUGUCCAGCUCAGCCGUAAGUCUAAUGGGACGGCAGCUAUGCCAUCCGUUUUGCCAGCUCCAUCAGCAGUUUUGCCAGCUCCAUCAGCAGUUUUAGUAACAUCGCGUCAGAGUUCUUUGUCUUCCGAACUUUCAAAGACAAAUUGUCGUUUGAUGCCUUUGAAAGGUGUCGCCAAAAUGACGCCCAAGAAUAUCACAGAGGCUAGUCAACGGCUUCCCUCAAAGGUCAACGAUGACUGUAAUAGUGCCCAGCUCAGCCGUAAGUCUAAUGGGACGGCAGCUGUGCCAUCCGUUUUGCCAGCUCCAUCAGCAGUUUUGCCAGCUCCAUCUGCAGUUUUGCCAGCUCCAUCAGCAGUUUUAGUAACAUCGCGUCAGAGUUCUUUGUCUUCCGAACUUUCAAAGACAAAUUGUCGUUUGAUGCCUUUGAAAGGUGUCGCCAAAAUGACGCCCAAGAAUACCACAGAGUCUAGUCAACGGCUUCCCUCAAAGGUCAACGAUGACUGUAAUAGUGUCCAGCUGAACCGUAAGUCUAAUGGGACUGCAGCUAUGUCAUCCGUUUUGCCAGCUCCAUCAGCAGUUCUGCCAGCUCGAUCUGCAGUUUUGCCAGCUCCAUCUGCAGUUUUGCCAGCUCCAUCAGCAGUUUUGCCAGCUCCAUCAGCAGUUUUGCCAGCUCCAUCAGCAGUUUUAGUAACAUCGCGUCAGAGUUCUCUGUCUUCCGAACUUUCAAAGACAAAUUCGCAUGUGGUGCCUUUGAAAGGUGUCGCUAAAAUGACAUCCAAGAAUACCGCAGUACGGUAGCUCUUUCAACAAAGGGGAAUUCCAAGGGUUUUAUCCUUCCUUGGCUUUGGAACCUGGUCCUAUCAAUUAUCCCCUCCUGUUUCAAGUGGUCUCAAGUCAGCAGCCUGACUAUCUUGGCAAUCCAACUGAGCUGCUUUACAUGAUCCCGGAGAACUGGAUGGACAAUCGUUGCCAAUUCUUCUUGUACCCGCCACCUGAUUUCCCCGUUCUGGGACUGCCACCAUGGAGUUGGGGUCUGAUCAAUUACAAAUGACGGCGCUAUCCAGAACAACAAUUUGUGGAAUACGAUAUUAUGGACAUCAUCACUGAAAACGGUCCCGUGUCUUUUGAGGAAGCCCAGCAACAGCUCAAUGAAAUAAAUUUAAGUCUAGCUUCAUCAGGAACAUCAGAGGUGUUGCCUAGUUCGGAAUCUCAAAUCAAUUUUAAAACUCAAGAUCUGUUUCGUGAGGACCCUGAUCAGGCCAAUUCAUAUCAUAGCAUCCUGGAUAUAUCACAGUCACGUUCCUCAGCCUCAUUUGUGACUAGUUCCCCCCACAUCUCUAAAAAGUCAAGCUCGAGAAAACAAACAUCUGGUAGCACUCGAUUUCCGACGGUUGCAAAGAGACCCAUUACGUCAACAGCCGCGACUCGGAGUAACAAACGAAAUACAAGCAGCUCAUCACCAUCACAGGGUCUCAAUAAUGAAACCAUGGUGUCUAUUACAGCAAUUACCAGGACCCCCACUGAAGGAAGAAGCUCACCAGCCCAAGUGCAGCCUGGUUCCAGUAGCAGAUCUAACACACGUCACAGUCCACCUUUACAAGGGGCAAGGGUCAGUAAAGAGAAAGCAACGACCGUUUUGUCUGUUAGAACCGAGUCUCCCGUUGCCAACCAAAUCCCACUGGCCGUAGUAGUAGAAAAAGAUGUUUGCACUGACAAAGUUGAAUGGAGAAAAGAAAUGUUGCGACAGAAUAUGGUAACACACGCUCUCCUUAGAGAUUUGAUCCCCCAAAAGCGACUUAUUUCAAAAGUGCUGCAAACAUUCUUGACACGGUUCACUCAAAAAGUAGAAAAGGAAGUUAAGUUGCCCCUUAAUCAAUUUGAGGAAAUUGAAGCGUUAAAUACUGCUCUAUUGGAUAUGGAACUCAGCGUAAGCCUCUGUGGAAUCCAAAUUGAUAAGUUACGUUUGUUGAAAACGGAACUUCUGAUUUGAAAAUCAUUUUUUGUCUCUCUUCUUUCUGCCCAACUGCCCCACAAAAUCCAAUGGAAAAAAAGAGGACAAGACCGACGUCCUGGAUUUGGACAUUUAACCAAUUUCGUCGCCGUAUUUGGAGUUGUGGUCAUGGCCAUUUUGGAAACUCAUAAGAAGCAAACAAACAUCAGCAAGAUUAUUACAGCAGUGCAAACUGCGCGUAGGUUCCACGCAGCUCAAUACCAGAAAUACCUGAAUACCGACGACGAAGCAAAUGACGAAGAUGUCGGUGGCGAAGGUGAACGCCCAAGGGUUGAUGUGCAGACUAUAUCAGAAAUUGAAUCACGAGUGAAUCAGAUUCUAAAAUCUCUGGAAGUGUAUUCUGACACACAAGCCUAAUUUAAAAUUGCAAUUUGCCUGAAUGUUGAAUUAAUGUUUUUCGUUAAAGCAGUGACAUCGUGUUUAGUUUUCAUUCCUUAACAAAUAAAUUCAGCAAAUGGUUUUCUGUUUA